UACAGAUUCUCACAUUUUUUUCAGAUUUUUACUGCAAAGUUUUCUCAAAAUUGCCCAAAACCAUUGAGUUUAAGUGACUGGUACCUCAGCUUUACCUGAUGAGCUAUAGUCUAGGACCGAUACGGCGAUUAAUAAAAAUCCACAUUUAGCAUCAUAAAUAUCAUUAAAACGUUUUACAAAUAUUUCUAAAUUUUCACCACAAAAACAAUCUCAAAAUCCUGGAUGAUCUGAUCAGUGUGAAAAGAUGUUAAAUAUUUAAUUUUAAGAAACAAGCAGCUAUUUAUUGAAAUUUUAACAAUUUAGUGGGUCUUUAUUAAUACGUUCUGGCCCUUUAAUAACAUUCAGACUUUUGAUUUGACUCAAAAUGUAAAUGAGGUUGACACCCCUGACUUAAAGUAUCUACAUGUUUAUAUCUGAAGCUCAAAAAUAAACAAGUGGGCUUAGAAACAGAAUAUUUUGGAAAGACAAUGCUAAAGUCAUGUGCAACUUUGCUUUAGAAACUUGGUAACAGGAAGUGGAGUCCGUGUUAAAACUGUUUUGGUAAAUAUUUAAAACUAAAUUUAGAAGGAAAAAAAUUGAUUCAAGAAUCCUUCAGCUGAUUAAAAUUGAUGCCGUUAAAGCAAGAUCCCAUAAUGACAGAUUCAAUCCAGAAUGUGUAAAGUUUUAUUAAAGAUCUGGAGGUUAAAUUAUAGCUUAUUUAUUCACAGCAGUUCAGAGAACAGUUUUACAAAGCUUGUUAAAAUUUUAUGAUUCAUGUGUCUCUUCAACAUCCUUAAAUCUCCUUUUAUUUAAAAUCUGCUUAUGAACAUCUUCACGCCGCCAUGACAAAUAUUUUGAGCUUUUUCUCUUCAGGCUGCAGCGACUCUUAUCUUUGUUUACCGGAUCUUGUCAAAAUGUUUGUCUUCUGUUUUUGUUCUGUAAAGUCAAAUAAACGACUUAUCUGCAUUGACAAAGUCUGGAAGUUUUUGUUUUUUUUUCCAGUUUUCAGAAAGAUAAAGCGAGGAUCGGGGCGGGAGGUGUGUUCUUCUGCUGAAACUUAAAGCUGCUCUAGAGAAGCCAGGACUAGCAGAGGGAGAACAUCUUGUGGACAGAACAACAUUUUUAGGGGGAUUUAACACACAGCAGCUCCAGCGAUGCAUUCCCAUUCGGGGCUGAUCUUUAAAGCAGUCCUGGCUCUUCUACUCCCGCGGCCGAGCGGCGCCGAGUCCGACCCAUUUCAAGCCGUCAACCCGAACGAAUCGGUCGGGUGCCUCCAGCCUCCUCUCUCCGCGCUUCUCUCCCGCGGCGCCGCAGCCGCGACAGAUGAGAUCCUGGAGUCCAGCCAGGAAGCGCUGCUCGUCACGGAGCGCCGCUACCUGCGGACGGACUGGUGCAAGACGCAGAUGCUGAAGCAGACCAUCCAGGAGGAGGGCUGCCUGAGCCGAACCAUCACCAACCGCUUCUGCUACGGACAGUGCAACUCCUUUUACAUCCCGCGGCACACUUACCAGGACGGCGGCGUGUUCCAGGCCUGCUCCGCCUGCAGACCGAAAACGUUCAGCACCAUCACCCUCACGCUGUUUUGUCCGGGUCAGACGCCCAGCACGCGGAGGAAGCGGGUCCAGCGCGUGAAGCAGUGCCGCUGCGUAAAUAUGAACACGGACUGAACCGCAGCCGGAUGACCGGACCGUUGAUAAAUAAUCAAGAAAAAGGCGUCAGGGUACCAGAGUGAGGACACCUUUGAUGAAACUUGACCGAACUGCUGCAGAGUCCAAAGCCGGCCCAAAGCAAAUGCGAGUUGUGGCUUCUUGGGGCCCCAACACCACCAGGGCCCCCCAAGAGUAUCAUUUUAUUUUAUUUUGUAGUGAUGAAUUGCCCAUUUUACACUGUCUACACCAAAUUUUAACAACAAAAGACAUUAUACUUGCUAACUUGUUUACUGUAAAUAACAUUUUACUUUCAAAUAGUUAAAUUAACAUGCCACACCUACAGUAAAUACCACUCUCCAUUUCAAAAUGCUAAUUAAUUAGAGCAUCUUCGCUUUUUUGCUACGCCUGUAAGAUUAAAAUCAAGAGUCCUAAUAACACCGAUAUGAUGCACUCUACAAAAAACACAAGGUUUACCAAGUAUAUUUGGUCUAGCUUCUAGUGUAAAUGACUUCUAGUGUAAAUAAAAAGUGUACUAAAAGUAAAUCUUCAGCAAGAUACAGGAGUUUGUUUAAAGUGAAUAAUCCCUUAAUUCUGAUUAAUAUUACAAACAAGCUGCCAUAUCUUGCUAAAAAGUUGUUUGUAAACUAAUUUUAUCUUAUUUCAGGUGUGCUAAUAUCUUUCUCUAGAAACUAGACUAAAAAUACUUGGUAAUGUUUUGUGUUUUUGCAGUAUGAGGUAAUAAUAGUAGUUAUUGUGCACACACAGGGUAGCCUAGCAUUGGUGACGUAUUUGGCAAUAUUUUGACUUUCAUCUGUUCUGGAAGAUUGUUCAGAAAUCUGAACCUCCCCAAAAACCGUGAAGAGACUUUACUUAACAAACAAGGCUGUGGUUUCCUGUCUUCCUUCCACUCAACAUUCUACCAAUACAUUUGCAUCCAGCACUAAAAUAAGCUAGCUUCUUUAGCACUGACUUUUUGUGGCUUAUUUUCUUCUGUCUACUGAACAAAUCAGCAGUUUUAUCCAUUAUUGUGCAGGUCGUAACAUUUCUGUAUGAAAAUUUAAUUUUAUUGAUUUCUAAGACAUUUCAGUUUUGGAUUCAUUUCUUCUAUACGGUUAUCAUAAAUACUAAAUAGAUUUAAAGGCUUGAAAUUGAUCAUUUGCUGUGUAUAAGUUUCACUUUCAGUUUAAUUACUAAAAAGUAGUUUAAAAUGAUAUUCUAAUUUAUUGAGCUGUUUUUAUGCUCCUUUUCUUUUUUCCUUGAUACUACUCGGUUUUUGAAUUCUGCUACUUAAAUAAACAAAAUACACCAUGACUUUGUCAAAAUAUUGUUUUAUUUUUGAAAAAAAUACAGUGAGAAACCAUG